AUGACCAAGACGGUCACCUCAUUAUCCAUCGAAACGACUUCAAUCACACAACCUUUGGCCCAAACCAGCGCUGUGCGUCCACCGUGCCCAACACACACCCGUCCCGCCUGCUGGUCGCUUCAAGGCUUCUUCGCUCACCCGCAGUGCAUAUCUGGUGCAGACCUGAUCAAACAAGAACUGGGUGAAGGCACCUUUGGCAAGGUUCUGCUCUGCCACGACAACAAGUACAAAAAUGAUGUCGCCGUCAAGGUCAUCCGCAGCAUCGAAAAAUAUCGCGAGGCCGCCAGCGUCGAAUUUGAUAUUCUUAGCCACAUCCACCGAUACCUCGAAGACGACACCCCCAUUGUUCAACUCCUUGCCUGCUUUGACCACCUCCGCCAUCGUUGCCUCGUCUUUGACGUCCUCGGCAUGUCCGUCUACAACGUUCACCUGGCCACGGGCUACAGGCCCUACUGUUAUCAUGACACCGUCGCCAUCUCUGCCAAAGUCGCCGAAGCCCUCGCCUUCCUCCACGGUGUUGCCAUCACUCACACGGAUCUCAAGACUGAAAAUAUCCUGCUGAUUGAUGACCAUUUUGACCUGAUUCGCGAGAAUGAUCGCGAGGUCAUCAAGCUCCAUGACACUCGCAUCAAGGUGAUUGACUUUGGCUCAGCCACCUUUGAUUGGGAUCACCACACCAGCAUCAUUACCACUCGCCACUAUCGCGCCCCUGAAGUCAUUCUUCAAGUGGGCUGGACACAUGCCUGUGACAUUUGGAGUCUGGGGUGCAUCACGGUCGAGUUGCUGGAUGGUGCCUGCCUCUUCCAGACGCAUGACAAUUUUGAACACUUGGCCAUGAUGGAGAAGCUCCUGGGCGAACGACUCCCCCCUCACAUGCUCAAACCCAGCUGCAUUGCAUAUGUGGCCGACAAGUACGAGCCGCUGGAGCGUUGGAUUCCAGACGCCCGAGCCGCUCUGCGCGACGUGCUGGUGACGGCCGAUGAUGUCAAAUCGGGGGUCCCGAAUGCGCAUGUGUGUGUGUGUGUGUUUGUGUGUGUGUGUGUGGUGUGUGUGUGUGUGUGUGUGUGUGUGUGUGUGUGUGUGUGUGUGUGUGUGUGUGUGUGUGUGUGUGUGUGUGUGUGUGUGUGUGUGUGUGUGUGUGUGUGUGUGUGUGUGUGUGUGUGUGUGUGUGUGUGUGUGUGUGUGUGUUGUUGCGUUUGUUGCAACCUAUUAUGUUGA